AUGGCGAGCACUCCGCCGCCGCCUUCGCCGUCAGCCCUGAGGGUCCCAGCCGCUCCUCUCCAUGGAGCGGGUUAUGACCAGUACUCGCCAUAUCCAACUCGGUAUUCAACGCGUUUAGCCAAGCAACGCGCCGUUCGAGGUGCUGAGACGACUCCCCCGCCGAUUUGUCCAAGUUCUCCGAGCAAGGCACGAUCGAGUGUUUCGCCCAAGAAAUAUCGAAAAGUCCAACUUGACGAAGAGACAUUAUCUACACCUGGCGCUAGCGCACGUUCGAAACCGACUGCCACCAUUUCAAAAGAAGGUCGCCGCUCUAACACACAAUCUGCCUAUGAUCCUUUUGACAUGUCUGCCUCGCAUCAUGUCCCCUCCUCUGCUCCCCCUCGCUCACGCACGGCUGUGAGCCAGGCUCUGCCUACUCCUGCUAAAACACCUUCAAAGAAGAAGGUCGACAACUUCUCAUCAGCCUCUCGUACUCUUUUCCCCGCUCACACCAUGUCUCCCAAGAAGCCCGCUCCAUUCUCCCUGGGGAGUUUUGAGGCCCCUGCGUCUGGCAAGAGGGCGAUUCAAAUUUACACGGACUCCCGUGACCGCAUCCCAAAGGCUUCACAGGUUGCAACACCGUUUGCUGCUCGUCUGCAGGCAUCUAGUGACACUGGUUCCGGUGCUCCACCAAGUGAUGAAGCUGAAAGUUCUGAUCUCAGUGGGCUUGGACCUCCCAGCUCAGCUGUUCGACGCCGGCGUGAUGCCCGCCGCACUCCUGAUGAUAAGAUGACUAUGAUAUUCCGUGGCAAGAGAGUCAUUCAAACUUUCGAUGCCGAUGACGAGGAAUCAGAUGACGAUCUAGGCUUGUUCGCUGCUCGUCCCGAUCUGCUCGACGGGAAUGACGAGAUCUUGAACAAUAUUCAGACUCUGAGUCGCGACUCUAUCCAACCUCGCCAACUCUUUGCGCAGAAGAAGGGCAACCCCCCACUCUGUGACAUUGUGGACAAGGGGGAUGAUGAUGCCCCUACCGAUGAUGAGGGACAAGCUCAAGGUGAUUCGGCAUCCCCCGUCGCCACCCCGAUGUCCCCCGAGUUUCCUCAAGCUCCCGGGGCCACUCGUCUUACUCGCUCGUCUGCUCGCGGCCCUCAGGUCGAAGAAACUCCUACCGCAAACAUUGCCUCUCAGACCAAGCGCAAGCGCAUCAGCCCCUUCGACCAGUGGCUACGCAAGAAGCAGAAGCCCGAGACGGUGGCACCUUCUCAGACGGCCGACAAGGAAAGUGACCGGGCUGCCAGUCCUACUGGUCCCCCUGCUGCCAAAAAGACCCGAAGCACCCGUUCUUCCUAG